AAGUACCACCGGAAGCGGAAAGCAGCCCGCGCGGGGCGCAGGCGGGAGAAGGGAGAGGAGUGACUUCCGUUCGUCGGAAGUCGCUCCUCCCUCUUCCUUCACUGCCUUUCUUUGGGAUUGGUUCCUGGCUCUCAGGAUCUGCCUCCUCCGGCUACGCCUCUCGCGGCCGCUUUUCCCGCCUCCGCCGGAGCAGAGCUGGGGUCCGGGUGACAGUUGAGGAUGGCCGGAGCUGAAGGGCCCGCUGGCCGGCAGUCGGAGCUGGAGCCCGUGGUGUCGCUGGUCGACGUACUUGAGGAGGACGAGGAGCUGGAGAAUGAGGCGUGCGCCGUACUGGGCGGCAGCGACUCGGAGAAGUGCUCCUACUCGCAGGGCUCAGUAAAGAGACAAGCACUAUAUGCCUGUAGUACCUGCACCCCAGAGGGAGAAGAACCAGCAGGAAUUUGCCUAGCUUGCAGUUAUGAAUGUCAUGGAAGUCAUAAACUAUUUGAGCUGUACACAAAAAGAAAUUUUCGUUGUGAUUGUGGAAACAGCAAGUUUAAAAAUUUGGAAUGCAAAUUAUUUCCUGACAAAGCAAAGAUAAAUUCUGGCAAUAAAUACAAUGACAACUUUUUUGGAUUGUACUGCAUUUGCAAGAGACCUUAUCCUGAUCCUGAAGAUGAGAUUCCGGAUGAGAUGAUCCAGUGUGUAGUCUGUGAAGACUGGUUCCAUGGAAGGCAUCUUGGUGCCAUUCCCCCCGAGAGUGGGGAUUUCCAGGAGAUGGUGUGCCAGGCCUGUAUGAAACGCUGCUCUUUCCUAUGGGCUUACGCUGCACAACUGGCAGUAACCAAAGUACCUGCCGAGGAUGAUGGCUUGGCACUGAAUGUCGAUGGAACAGGUGAGCAGGAAGUGAUCAAAUCUGAAAAUGGAGAUCAUCAGGAUGGUGUGCUCAAAGAGGACAUUCCAGAACCUGGAAAGGAUGCUGACGAGGAAGUUAAAGCAGAGCAGACCAAUGAACCAUGUACCAGCUCUAGUUCUGAAUCUCAUCUCCAGACAGUGUGUACGAAUCAAAGUCUCAACACAGGAUCACAGUCUGACUGCAAACUUCGGGAGUUUAAAGCUAAGCAUUUUAUAAAGAAAGACACUGCCACCUAUUGGCCCCUGAACUGGCGUAGCAAGUUAUGUACCUGCAAAGACUGUAUGAAAAUGUAUGGCGACCUAGAUGUCCUGUUCCUGACAGAUGAGUAUGACACGGUUCUGGCUUAUGAAAACAAGGGCAAGGUGGACCAGGCAGCCGACAAGACAGAUCCUUUAAUGGACACUCUGAGCAGCAUGAACAGAGUCCAGCAAGUGGAACUUAUUUGUGAAUAUAACGACUUGAAGACUGAACUUAAAGACUAUCUCAAGAGAUUUGCUGAUGAAGGCACGGUUGUUAAGAGAGAGGACAUCCAGCAGUUCUUUGAAGAAUUUCAGUCACGAAAGAGAAGAAGAGUGGAUGGGAUGCAGUAUUAUUGCAGCUAGAGUGGAGUACGGCGCCUUCUCACCCAGGCCAAUGAAAAUGCCACCUCCUGUUCCAGGAAUAAAGGAGGCGUAUUUCACAUUUGGUCCUCUUCCCGUCCUCUCUGUGGAGAGGCCCCUCUUCCGACCUCCAGCUUCCUUCAGUCUCCUUAACUACAGCAGCCACAAUAUUUGUGCUGAUUUCACAACCAGCAUUCUUCUGACUCAGCUAAAAGCAACUCAUUCCACAGAAUCAGCCCGAUCCCGCCCCUAGUCUAUCCAGGGUUAUCUGCUUAUACGUUUUAAGAAGUUCGGUUUGGUUUUGAGGAAGUAGUUUCUUUUCUAAUGAUUUGCUCUUUAAGUCCCGAAGGUGUCUGCUCUGCCACAGAGCUGUUGUCUUCCAGGACCUGCUUUCGGGGCAUCACGGAAGCUCUCUUCCUGUCAGCUUGACCCGCUAUAGGUCCCCUCAGCCCAGGGACCGUGGUGCCUUGGGUCAAAGCUUCCUCAAGCCUGGUCACCUUCUCCCAAAUCCCUGCUUUCUGAGGUUCGGUCGUGGUAUACAAGGGAUCUCGGAACUCGUUUUCCCUUGGGCCGAACCUCUGGAGUCACCGGGACCGAUGUUUGAGGAAGCGAACCUUUGUUAGGAAUUUUACUAACCAAUUUAAAGUGAAAAUUUCACUCACAAUUCUGCUGGCACUAGAAUAUUAGUAUUUCAGAACUGUGGUGCUCACAGGGCUUCCUGGAGAGAAUGUGCCAGUCUACUUAGUCCCUCUUCUGCUGCCUAGAAAAUAGACCGGACACUUCCCUGUGAGAUCUCAGUGGUUUACAGUCCUCUGGGUUUCUUUAUAUUAUCAGGGAUAUUCAUAAGCAUAUAUUAAAAACAGACCUAUUUUGAUAUUGUUCUGUUAGGAAAAUGUUACUAGAACCCCAAUAAAUUAUUUUUUUCCCCUUAAAUUGUUCUGGAGAAAAAAAGAUACAGACUUGGCUUACUCGUGGUGAGCAGGGCAGCAGUUGUCGGGGAGGCAGACUUGUGUGAAGAGAUUCCAAACAAGGCCCGAGGCUGCGCCAAUGAGCUUUAUGUAUAUAAGCGGUAAUGCCCACAGCUGGUUCCCUAAUGACUGAGAUCUUUUGAAGAACUCCAUGGAAUGUUGUAUAAAACCCCGUAUUUGAGGGGAAGUCCUUUCAGUUGGUUAGAACUCUCUUUAAAGUCCCUCAGUCUACGUGGAAAACACCUUUUGAUAAACAGAGCCCUCAGUUGCUAUCUCCCUCUGGAGGAAUGAGGUCUGUAAUGACGAUAGAUGACACACUGAGAUACGUGACUACAAGCAUUUGAGGCAUUGGGGCCACAAGUGUAUACUAAUAUUCCUUUGUGUGUUGAGCAGUCACUUACACGAGUGCCCACUGAUUGCUGGGUGAGAUGAACUCAGUCUGCAGGAAGUCCAGGCCUCAAAGAAAUGGUCCCACGUUUUCUGCAUCACGCCUCCCAAUGCAGACAGACCCUCGUAAAGAGUGAGUGAUGUGUGGAGCUGGAAGGUCUCAUGGCCACAGGAGAUGCUUGUGUGCCCUGAGCUGGCCUUGUAGAAAAAGGGUAAACAGGCUAGAUGGGAAAGCUUGGCAUCUCUGAGAUUCUGAGACUGUUUCCAGUCCCCAGCUUGGGAACUCUUCCAAGUUGGGAUUUUUACCCCCGCUCCACAAGGCUGUACUAGUAGUGUACCGCUGUGGUCUGCAAGUUGGUCUUCUCAAAUGUUUGAAUAGCAGAAAGUUCCUUCCUUGUGACAGGUCAGGCCACGUGUCAGGUGAUGCAUUACAGCACAAUAGUACAAGUCACCGAGUACUGAAGGGCUUGUUGUAUGAAAGGCACUAUUCCUUCUUUUCCAUUAACCAGAAAACCUCUUUUUUUACCUGUUGUUCACAACUGGGUUUCUUACUGACUGUAUUGGGCCAUCUCUUCUUGUAGAGACUGACUUUGGCUAACAUAUGGCAGUUCAUAUUAAUGCAUGUUUUAUGCAAAAGAAUAUGAUAUUAGUUGCUUUUAAGGAAUUCUGGCAUUGUAUGUGCAUUUUUGUAGACUUGUUACUGGACUUAUAAUUACAUACUAAACUCCAAUCAGGUUUCUGUAAAAUUAAAUAAAAGCAAUUCAGAAUA